AUGGCACAAAGAAAUAAGAUAAUAAUAUUUAUUUGUUUAAUUAUUUUAACAUUAACUUUAUAUUUUUCAAAUAAUAUUCAAAAUAAUCAAAAGAUUAAUAUUAAUCAAAAUCAAAAUAAUAAUAAGGUUUAUGAAAAACAUAUACAACAACUUAGAUUACAACAAAAAGAACAAAGAGAAUUAAAAAAUUUUAAAGAUGAUAUGAAAUCAUUCCCAUGGGAUGAAUAUAAAGAAUCUGUGGAAUCUGGAAAUAGAAAACUUACAGAUGGAUAUUCACAAAAAUUACUCUAUCAAUUAUUACCAUAUUUAAUAGCUCCACCUUUACAACCAAUCAAUCAUACAUGCAAACCUGAAGAAAUACUUUUACCACUAGAAAAUAUUACCGAUCAAUAUUGUAAAGAAUAUCCUAAUUUAUUUUAUGGAAAGAGGACCACUCCAAUCAAAGUAGGACAUAUGAUUCAAUUUGGAUUCGAUGUUGAUACUUUGGAAAUCCAUUUAAACGAAUUGUAUGAUAUAGUGGACCAUUUCUUUAUUAUUGAAUCAGCACAUACCCAUUAUGGUGGAUUAAAGAAACCAUUGAUAUGGGAGCAAGUCAAAUACCAAGAUAGAUUUAUCAGGUUUCAAGACAAAAUUAUUCAUUUUAUACUUGAUGACGCUGAUCAAUUGAGAUUGGCACCCAAGUCUACUGGCAAAGAUAGUGGUGAUGAAAAUAUAUUUGGAGCAGAGAAAUAUCAAGAGUCUAGGAGAUGGGAUAAAUUUCAAGAAUGGAAUAAACUAAAAGGAAAUCUAUACCAAGACACUGAUAUAAUUGGAUUUGGAGAUACUGAUGAAGUGACAACGAGAAGAAAUAUACAUAUGUUAAAGUAUUGUCAACUCAAAGAGACAGCUACAUCUAUAGAUAUUGGCAUUUGGUUUCCAUAUGGUAUAGUGACACAAGCAUUUAGAUCUGAUUAUCCAGUUGAUGACAAUCAUCCAUUUACAUUGGGUGAUCCCACUUUUCAUACAAUCAAAAAAGCUAAAUCCUCUAAAACCUAUCCAAAUAGAAAUCGUGGUCAUUCAGGUCAAUACAUGUUUGGUGGUAUGCAUAUGAGUAGAUAUGGUUAUAUUCCUUUUAAUAUUGCAAAAAAAUUAUCAUGUACAGAAUGUGGUAUUAAUAAAAUGGAACAAUUAUUAGUAUUCUCUGAAGAUUUAAUUAAUGGUACUAUCUAUGAACUGGAAAAGAAAUUAUUAAAAGUACCUGAACAUUUUGAAUUAAGAGUUGAAAAACUAUCAGAUAUGGAUCAACAAUUUAACAAACAAGUGGCCAUUCUCCCAUGGUUUUUAAAAUGUAAUCCUUAUCGUUAUCCAGUUUGGCAUAUGAAUCAUGAUACAAGACUAGAUUAG